AUUGAUAAGUUCUCGUCUUCGCGACACAAAUAAUGCCGCUGCUGUUGAUUCGUUCUCCCACGUUUGGCGCUUCGUUCAAAUCUGUAGUCGCCAGAGCCUUUCGCCAUCUGCUCUUUUUGUAACCCUUGGUUUGUUGCAUAUGUUUGUAUCUACCCCGGGCCAUUUGCUCUCUGGUUUAAUUUCGAAUCUUAAUUCUCGUUUAUUUUUAAUUUAAAAAUUACGAUGUGGAAAGUAAUAUCAAACUUUUUAUUGUUUUUAAAAUUAUUUAUUGGUUGCUAAUUAUUCAGAAACUUUAAAUGAGCGGUAAUGAAAUCGAUUCGCUGGAAUUUAUUUGCCCCAGGGAGCCUGCGCUGUUUAGUGAUGGUUCAAAUAGCUCUACUGGCAGUGUAACAGAUAUGCCAAAAUCUUCUAAAAGCAAAUCAGUAAAUAAAGCUAGAUGGUCAAAAACUGAGGAUGAAGAGCUUAAAAGGCUGGUUGCUAUUUAUGGUGGUGAUGGCUAUUGGGGUAAAAUCGCCAGUUUCUUACCUGGUCGAAGCGAUGUUCAGUGUCAACAAAGAUGGUCAAAAGUUGUCAAUCCUAAUCUUGUAAAAGGACCUUGGACUAAAGAAGAGGACUUAUUAGUUACUGAGCUUGUUAAACAACUGGGUCCUCAAAAAUGGACUGCAAUUGCCAAGCAUUUAAAUGGAAGAAUUGGAAAGCAAUGCAGAGAAAGGUGGCACAAUCAUCUGAAUCCUGAUAUUAAAAAAUCUGCAUGGACUGUUGAAGAAGAAAGGUUAAUUUGUGAAUAUCACCGGAAAUGGGGGAAUCAAUGGGCUAAAAUAGCUAAGCUAUUACCUGGAAGGACUGAUAAUGCCAUUAAAAAUCAUUGGAAUUCUACUUUGAAAAAAAGGGUUGAUGCUGACAAAAGUUUAGAAAAUGUCCAUAAUUUGCACAGUCCUGAGGACAGUAAAAUGGACCAAAUUUAUAACCAAGAAAGUGAAUACUCUCCUAUACCUGUUUACUAUCAUUCUGGACCAAACACUCCUAUUUAUCACAAUUCAGCUGUUUCAACUCCUCCAAGUAGUCAGCAAUCAUUUCAAGUUCCUCUUGUGAGUGAAUAUCCAAGCUCAUAUUCCUUGUCGCCUCAAUCAAAAACAAACAUAUGGAGUCCAAAUUCUCUAAUGACUAAUAAUGACCCUGUUCCUGCAUCUGAAAAUAUUAAUAACUUAUCUCCUUUAGAUACUUUAAAAAUAGAAAAUAUAAAAUUGGAAGGGAAUGAAAAUGAACAACAACUACUGUAUUCUAAUUUGCAAAUCUGUGAUGAAAGAAAGUCCCCAGAAUAUCCUGGAACUGUUCCUGCAAGUGCUAUUCCUUACCAGAAAGAAAACAGGACAUGUCAAGUAAAUUGUCCCCCAACAGAAAUUGAAUCUUCGAAACCGGUUAUGCCUAAUCUUCGUCAAAAGCGAAAGAAACCAUUAACGGAUUGUUCAAAUGUCAUGUGUAAGGGAAUUUGUUUUAGCCCCUCUGAACAAUUGUUACUGUCUAAAAGUCUCACUUCUACGCCAAUUAGUGAUACUUUUUCUUCGUUUGAUGAGUUGGACUACAAAAAGACUGCAGAAGAUCUUAUGGCUCUUCAAGAUUCCGGUGUACUGAUGGAUAUUGAAUCCAUCAUAUCUCAAGAUGUUAACAACCCUGUAAAUAAUAUUCAGAACUCUAUGUUGUCGGCUAAUAUUGAUAGCUCACCGAAUGUUAUGAACUCUGAAACAUUCCGAAACUCAUCUGGCUAUCAAGCAACUUUCGACAAUCUCUCUUAUUUCUCCAAUAUCAGUGAGAUGUCUAAUGUGAGUGAAUCCAUUUCAAAAGCAUCAUUUCCUCAGGUAAACUCAUUAAGUUUAACUGAAGAUUCACAAUCAUACAACAAAAUAGAUUGUCAGAGUUUAUCGAGUGAAGACUUGGCUAUGCUCAAUUACAUAGAAAGUCCCUUUCAUCCAUCUAAGGAUGUAUCACUUGAUGAAUCAAGAACAUCUUUGCCAACUCAAAAGACAUUUUCAAAUUUAGUGAAAGAAGAUGCCUUUCAAAAUCAUGAGAUUCUUCCUGUUGUACUAGAUUUAAAAGAUCUUAUGGAACUGAAUCAAGUACAAAGGAUGUGUGAUUUAAAUGGUCAAUAUGAACUUAGUAAUUCUGUGAUGAAUAGUUAUAAUUCAAGUCCAGAAAAGUUGCAUAAAUGUUCAAAUGAAAACUGGUGUUCACCAAACCUUGAUCAGGGAAAUUAUGAUUAUAUAUCAAGUUCAGAUAGCACCGUUACUGCUAGCUCUGGUGGUUCACCUUAUAUAUACCACAGUGAGUCCAGCCCUUUCUACUACUCUCAAAUGCAAGCAUCUAAUUUGCCUUUCAUUCCACCAGAGAAAUUUCCUUGCCUUUGAAUCAGGAUGUAUUAAACAACCAACAUUUCCUGAUAACUGUGUAUAUGGCACUGCUUUUAAAGAUCUGUUUUGGAUGAUUUAUUGUUAAGGUCACAAAUAAGUUUAUUGGUGUUGUAUGUGUAUUAUAGUUUAACAUUUUUGUUAGGGAUGAGAUGUAGUUGCACCUGUGCAUAAAAGUGCUUACAAAAAGUUGUAUAGCAUUUUUGCUAAAUUGUUUACUCUAAAACUGUCUCAGGAUCUGGUAAAUCAGUAACAUUAAAUCAAUAUUGGGUUUAUAGUACUUUUUUUUUUGCUCUCUAACAAAUUCAAUGCAUGAGUGUCCUACAUGUAAUUUUUCUACUAUAUAAAAUUGUUAUAAAUUUCAUUGUUCACUAUCAUAUUAUUGUAAACUAGUUUCGCCCAUUUAAAAAAAACUAAAGUUUUUUUUUUUUAAUGAGGUGUAUUUGUUUUUAAAUAUAUGUGUUGAGUGCUAUGAAAAACCAUCUAUAAAUUACAACAGUCGAAUCUCGUAAUAUCAAAUGUCAAGAAAUGGGAGAAAUCGCUUCUAUAAUUGUAUCUCAAUGACGAUUUUUAACAUUCACUAAAAUAGUUUGUUUCGUAAAAAUUUGACUUACAAAUAAUGUAAAUUACUCGUAUUCUGCAUUUAAUAAUGUUGAUUUUAUUUUAUUUUUAAAAAAAGAAAAUGAACAGUAAAUCUAUUACUUAUUUAUUUAAAAAUGAAUCUUGCACAAACAAUGAAAACAUAGUCAAAAUUUAAAAAAAUAUAUUGACAGUCCUGCUAAGAUACAAUACUUAUUUUUCAAAAACUUACUUAAUGGCUCAAAAGACAAAAUAUCAAUUAAAUACCAAAACUACUUUUACUAUAGUUUAAUUGUUGUAAGCUUUUAAUCAUACACAUCAUAAAUAUUUUUUUUAUAGACCCUUUAAAAUCAUCCAUCCCAAACAUGAAAUAUUUACAAAACCAGUUUUAUUCUUUUAAAAUUGUUAACUGAAUUAUUUUAACCAGCAAAAUUUAAGUAAAAGCUGUAGACAGGAAAGCAAAGACAAAAAAAAUACCUUAAAUCUUAACAUAAGUCCUUUGAACUGUCUGAUAUGUUUUAAAAACCUGUAGCAUAAACAUGUUGUAGAUUUUUUCUAUGAAAAGUAAAUUGCGAAUAUUGCAUUUAAAACAUUUAUCAAUGGACCCAAUUAUUCUUGAACAUGCUUCCAGACCUAUAGUACAUUCUAUACUGCAUAAACUUAAUAAUGUGCAUUUAUUAUAAAAUCCUGCAUACUUGAUACCAGUAAAAUGGUAAAUUAUAUUGAUGUCAAUUGUUGGGGUACAUUGUGCAAUUAUACGAACAUUGUUAAUAAAAUCCUUAAAAACUUUUUAAAAAAUUGGAAUCAAUUUUGAUAUAAACCUGAACAUUUUUUAACGUCAGCCCCAAUAGCAGAAAUUCUCCAGCGCAGCAGCGAGCUCUGCAUAUUUUAGAAACCAAACAAAUAAAUUUGGAAUAAUUGCUGAGAUCUAAGCAUCUCUAGAUUCAAUUAUUAAAAUUUUUAGUGUAAAAACAGCCCUCUGAACAAAAGGUUAAAAAAAAAAAUUGUUUUCUGAUUUCAGACUUAACCAUAAAGAGAUAUAUUCCAUUUUUUCACUAUCAUUCUGUAAAAUUCAACUUAAAUUUAAGUAACAUAAAGUUCUUAUGUAUAGCAUUUAAAAGCCUUAUAUUUGUAAGUAUAGAUGCAACUAUGUUUGAAUAAGCUGAAUUGUUACAUUAAUAUUCUCUAGCUGAUUGUAUUGAGGUAGCAGGCAUUUUUGAAUCUAUGCUGCAGAUUCACUUAUGAAAUUACGCUUUUGGGGCGUAAGCUUUUACGUUGCAAUUCAGAUUUUUGAUCUUUUAAUCAUAUUUCUGCAGAAGUACUAAAAUAUUUAAGAUACCGCAUGUGUGUAUAAACAAUGAUUAUAUAUUUUUAAAAAUAAAUUAAAAAGCUAUUUUUAAGGAGUAUUUACAAAUGCUUGCUCAUGUUGUAGAUUUUUUUUGCUUGAAUACCCUGGUUUCUUUUGGUAUUUAAUUCUUUGUGGUUGUGAUUUAUGAGUUUUUAUAUUUACAUUAAAGAUUUUUAGGAAUAUAUUUUUUAACAAAAAAAAAAUCAGAUAAUUCAUGUCCUAAGCUUAAUGAAAACAAGUGUGUUUAAUUUAUAAAGGCAGCUUAUUUGUAUUUUCCUUUGCUAAAAAAAAAAUAAUAUAUCAAUAACACUUCAUUAAUUCUAACCAUGAACCUAAAACAAUGAAUUGGGAACUAUAAUCAUAGCUCAUGCUGGGUGACAGUUUAUUUUGUAGACUGAACAAUGAUAUAACAGUGUUUCAUCAAUAAAAUAGUGAAAUUAAUAUCAAUAUUUAAUUAUUUAUUAAGCAAAUUAAUUUGAUAUGUUUAAAGUUUAAUUCGUAAAUUUGUGGCAAAUAAAAAUUGAGACACUGGUUUGUUUUAAAUUCUAUUGCAGAACAGGAUUUUUUAAGUAUUUUGGUGAAAAAAAUUGUUUUUAUUUGUUCACCUUUCUCCUAAGAAAUAGUUAAUGUUUUAUCAUAAUGGCAUGUUCCCAUUAAUAGCUUUAUUUCAAGAACAAUAGUUUCUCUUUUUUUUUCUUUUUUUUUUUUGCCACGCACGCCAGGUAUUUUUUAUUUUAUGUGGGCAAAUAUCUAAUACAUUUUCCCAAAGUCUUUGAGUGCAGAAGAUUAAAAACAAUUUAUCCUUCGAUAGAAUGAUUAAUAUUAUGUUUUGCUAAUUCAUAACUAUGAGCUUAAAUCAGUUUACAAUUGAAUUUUUUUGUACAAUUUAUGUCCUUCACCUCUAACUGUAACUUUAACCGGUCAAUUAACUUUAUUCUUUGUCCAUUUUAAUUCAUUUUGAUAUAUUUACUGUAGUUAGUAUUAGAUGGUGAAUACUAAUUUAAAUUUUCUCUUGUGAAUCUUGUUUUUAUCCAAAAAUUAGCUCCUAAUAUGAUUGUAUUGUACCAUUAAUAUUUAGUUGCUGUUUCAUAAAAUUUGGUGAUUUUUCCUAGUUUUUAUAUUUUUAUUUCUAGUGCACAAUAACAUUUUAGCUCUAAAGUGCACUCUGAAAUCAAAAUUUGGUGCUCAUUUGUGCUGAUUUUUCAUACUGAUUGGUUUUAACUUUCUUCUUAAAAGUAUCCCUCAUUUUUAUGUAAUAUUGAAACUUUCUAAUUUAUUUUAAAAGCAAUAAUAAUAAGUUCUAGAAAAGCAUUUUGUCUGUGAAUGAUAAAAAAUUUAUUAUAAAUCAUUGAUAAUAACAUGAUUAACAUGCAUAAAUUAUUACUCUAACUCUUAAGUUAUUAUUUUUAAGAUCUAAAAUAUGCAAUAUUUUAAAAAUAUUUCCAAAUUAUAAAUUUGUAAUUUUAGCUUUAUUCUAACAAUAUACUUUUCUAAAAGUAAUUGUGACUUUAUUACAACUCUAAAAUUACAGCUCUGUCUAUACACUUAAUUUCAGGCUGAAGAUUGCUUAAGUAAUCUUACUUGUUAACCGUAGAUAUGGGUCUUCAAAAUUUCUAUAAACCAGGACCAGCAUGUUAUGAAAGGGGAUGUAACAUGUUAAAUUUUACUAAAAUAUUGACUGCCAGGGAAGCAACCAGGAAAAUGUAGAUACUUUAUCAUAGAUAACUUAAACUAAAAUUAGUAUUACUCUAUAACUAAUCAUUUAACUCAAACUUUUAAUUAAAAAUCUGCUUUCUUUUAUUUAGGCCAAACUAAUUAGCAUAGCUUAUAGGAUAUAGAUAGAUGAUAAAAUGUUAAGUUUUUUCUCUUUGGAGAAGUUGAGGUUACAUCCAAACUUUUCAAAACUGACAAAAGUUGGAAGUCAAGUAUUUAGUUAUUUAAGAAUAAAAUAAAAUGACCAUAAAUCUGAAUAAGCUGAAAUUUUAAAACUAUUAAAGAAGUGAACAUAAAUCAGGGCUGGGGUCAUUUUGAUUGUGCAAAAAUUACAAUUUACUUCAAUUUUUCAAAAAAAAAAAAAUUUUUUUUUGUCCUUUAUAUCACGCAGAUGCAAAUCAAAAUGCCUCAUAGCAAGAAAAUAAACAUUAUUAAAAGUAAUUUAAAUUUUAAGUAUGUACAAGUGGUUGAAAUUACUAAGUAUUUUACUGCUAAUUAAUAAUAAAUAAGGAAAUAUUAAAGGGAAAUUUCGACUAUGUUGUCAUACAGACGCAGCUGUAAUUCUAGUGUUAAGUCAUAAAAAAAAUUUUAAGAUUAAUCUUAUUGUAUAUUUAAGUCUUAAUACAUAUAUUAAAAUGCAUUCUUAAUGUGUAUUAGUUAUUAUUUAUUACUUGCAACCCAAAAUUAAACUUAAUUUUUUAAAAAAAUAUUAAUUUUGUUAAGGGUUAGAAAAAUUUUCUAUUAAGCACUUAUCAAUUUUUAAUCAGAAUUAAAAAGAUAGGUUUUUCGAAUUGGUUCGUUUCGACAUUCAUGUGAUGAUAUGUAGUAUAUAUUAAUAUAAACUUUUAGAGAAAUGACUUAUUUUAGUUGUUACUAGUCAGUUUAAAUUAUGUAAAACAAAAUUUUAAAUUAUACACUGAUUUCAUAUACUAUUGAGAGUUUUGUGAAUGAUCUUGCACAUAUAGAGAGAAUGUUUCCAAAUUAAACUAAAUUAUGUGCACUUGAAUUUUAUGUGCUUGUAUGUGAUGCUCUUCUUUUUUUUCCUCCUUGUAUUUGUAUUGUGAGAUUUUUGUUAUAUUCGAGUAUGUUUGUAAAUUAGAUAUGUCUUUGAAAAAUGUGGGAAUUUUAAGUAAUCAUAUGUAUAAAAAAAAUUAAUCCUGUGAAUAAGUAUUAUAACUAUCUUUGUGAUUUGCUUACUUACACAUUCCUUUCUCUUUUAUGGGCGCUAAGUUUGCUGUAUCUAAUUUAUCUAGUCGAAAGUUUUAAGUUCAUUCUAAUCAAAUAUUGUCAUCGUAUUCUAUCAUAAUUUUUUUUAUAUAUAUAUUUCUAGAAUAAAUAUAAACAUAAGUGUUUGUUUAGAGCGUAAUUUUGUGUGUUUGGAAACACUUUAAAAUAUUUUAUUUUGCUAUAAAUAUUUCCCUUUAUAAAUGUCACGAAUUUUAUCAUUAGCUUUAUAUAUAUUUUUUAAACAAAUUUUAUUGCAACUAUUUGUUAUCUGAGAUUCAUUAUUUUAAAUACUAAGUGAUUUAUGUAUUAAUUUUUCUUUGGUUGUUACCUUUUUAAAAAAUAUGUCGUGUUGUGCAGUAUGAUUGCAUGUAAUUGAUAGUUGUUUUUUAAUGUAACAUCUUUUAAUAUAGCUAAAACAAAAUGUAUAUUUAUUUAUAAAAAAAACCUAGUUGCUUAUUCCACUCAGAGAACUACUGAAAAACGUACAUGAACAUAAUCUUCAUUUAUUUUUGUUAUUUAAAGAAAUGUUAUGUCAUUUACAAACAAUGUAAAUGUCUAUUUAUUGAAAGUUCAAACAAUAAUCUUUUAAGUUACAAAUUUAAUUAAAAAUGCAGGGAAGAAAAGUUCUGAAUUAGUGAUUGAAAAAUUGUGUUUAUAAUUUUAUAGGAUAUAUAACAUAACGAAUUAAUUUAGCAAAUCAUUUCACAAUUUUUAUCUUUUUCAAAGCAUUUCUCAUUCUUGUAAUGUUACUUAGAAAAAAAAAUAGUUCAUGAAUUAGUAAAGCAUUUGCCUUAAGGUUUGUAAGAGACUUAGAAUCAGAUUUUUAUGAAAAACAUGUUCAUUAACUUUUAGCUUGCAAAUCUCUUCUUGCUAACUAAAAUAAAAAUGUUAAAAUAUUUUGGAUGUAAUAGAAAGUUUUGUAAGCAGUGCCUUUCCACAAUUAAUAGCAUCCUCCAAAAUACCAUUUAACUAUUUUUUUUUUUUUUUUUUGCGUAAAAAUAUUUAUAACUAUUUUUUAUAAAUAUUUACAUAUUCUAAAGAUUCUUUUUGUAUAUCUAUUUUUGGAAUGAAAAUAUUUACUAAAGUUUUAAUAAUUAAAACUGCUUUGUAAUUUUCUAUUUUAACUUUGAAAAAAAAUUCUGCAUUAGAAUAACCAAAAAUGUGUAUGAAAAUAACUGUUUUAAGUUAUUUCAAGAAAUCUUAGUAAUGAAUAUCUGUUUAUUUAAACAUUUUACAGAUUUUCUGUAAUUUUGAAACGUUUACAUCUAUCUUUAAUAAUUAUUUCGAUACAUAACACACAAAAAAAAAGUUUUUUCUAAGUUUUAGUCUACCUUUUUUUUUUAAAUGUGGAAACUUUCAAAACACAAUAUACUCGUGCAAAUGGUAUUCCUCAAUCUUAUCUAUUUUACAGUUUAAAUGUAUUUUUAGAGAAAAAAAUCUCAUUUUUGCAAAAAUAUAAUUGAUAGAAAGGAAAAGAAGGCACUAGGUAAAAUUCUGAGCUAUUUAAUGUGUCAUUAAGGAAAAUUUCUGUAAUGAGGAAAUAUUGUAAGUGUAUGGAGGCUUCAUUGAUAGUGUGAUAUUUUUCAUAUGAAAAUUUUAUGUUUUAUUAUUCUAGAAUCAAUAUUUGAUAAAUUAAAAUGCAUUUAUGUUUUGCACAAUUUUUUUUUAUUAUAAUUGUCUAACAGAAAGGCCCUUUAAGGCAGAACUAAGGAAUGAAAGUUGCUGUGUGCCUUGAAUAAACUACUUGUGAUUUUUUUCUCUCUCUUUUUGCAUUUAAUGCACAUUUGUUUUGUAACUAAAUAUAGACAGUGCAUUGUAUUAUACUGUUGUUUCACCUUGUAAUGCUCCUAGUCUUGUCACAACAAAAAGAAGAAAAAAAAAUUAUUUGGCACUACUUUUAUUGAAAAGAAUUAACAUAUUAUUAUGAUGUAAAUUACAGAGUUGCUAAUUGCCUACUUACUAAUUUCAUAACAGUAAUGGGCUAGUUUGUUGAUAAUAAAAUUUUUAAAAAUGCA